CCCCUUAGAUAUGAAUAUUAAGAAGCUCACUGUAGCAUCCAAAGACGCUACCAAACCAUCAAAAUAAAGAAAGCGUCAAAGAAGAUGUGUUGUAUGAAAAGAUACACAGAAUGGAAGGAUAUGAUCAUCACCUGUCACCAGCUUUGCAGGGAGGAGACGGAAGAACAGGAUCCCAUGUAAUCUAAUCCUUCCGGUUGCCAAAACAGGACCAACCCCACAGUGGAGAAAAGCCAUCACGUGGGCACAAUUGUCAAGCCAUAGCCACAACAGGGAUUGCCACCACCACACACCAAAUCCCAUGUCUGCCUCCUUGCUGUGAGUCUCAAGCAAUCCACCAGCAGACGCUUAUAACAUACCACCCCACACCCUCACAUCAUUCUCUAUUGCGUGUAUUUUAUUGCACAUAAGCUUCCCAUUUUUCAACCUUGCUUUGUGUUUAAACCCCUCUGCUCCAACACUUGACUUGCUGAAAUAUAGAAAGACCAAAACACUCAGUGCCUGGAUCUGCCUGCUUGUUUUUUUUCCCAGCUCUCCCCCUAGCCAUCAUAAUAUUCCUCUUUCCACAGGUUGUUUGUGAGUUCAGUGUCUGAACUCCACCGCACUUGCAUUACUUCCUCUUCCUCCCUGUCAGGAGGCUCCUCCAUGUGUGGGGGGCUUCUGCGCAGGUAGAAGCACUGAUUCCUGAAGGCCAAGCGGAGGAGAUCAUGAGGAAUUGAGAGGGAGAUCGAAGAUGUUCAAGGCAGCACGAUGGAGGAGCGAGAAGAACAAGAUCAAGGCUGUGUUCAAGUUGCAGUUCCAAGCGACACAGGUACCGCUGUCGGCAUCGGAGGCGGCGACGGUAAGCUUGGUCCCUCUCGACGUCGGAAAACCGACUGUGAGAUCAGAGAGGGUUGCGGUGGUUGGUGGAACCUGCAAAUGGUCGAACCCAGUUUAUGAAACAGUGAAGCUAACGCGUGAUCCCAAGAGCGGAAAGAUCAACGACAAGUUAUACCAAUUUCUUGUUUCCACCACCGGAUCCACCAGAGCUGGACUCCUGGGAGAAGCCAUUGUUAACCUGGCAGAUUAUGUUGAAGUGUUCAGAGCUUCAUCUGUUUCGUUCCAUCUCAAGACAGAAGCCAUCUUGCAUGUUACCAUACAGAGAAUGCUGGAUGACGUUGCAGGAAGGGAAGUUGAAGAAAAUGGAGAUGCAAUCAUGAGGCAACAAGGAAGAACAUUACAGAGCCAGUUAACCAAAAGCGACAAUGAGGAAGGAGUCAAAGCUCUAAAUGGCAGGAAUGAUGCUAACUUGGUGAAAGAUGUGUCAUAUAUUAGCAGAGAGGCAAGGGUAAAAUUUCCAUCGAGCAGAAACCUUCCCACUUACGAUGACUGUAAUGGCAAACUCGAAAAAUCUCACAGUUUUGAUGCUAUAUCAGCGGCUAGUUCUGAUAGUAGCUCAGAAAUAUAUACACCAAAAGAGAACAGCAUCAAGAAUGGCAACAACCAAAAAGACUCCACCAGCUUACUAUCGCCUCUUGCGGACAUUGGUAUGCAACCAAAGUUGAUGACCAGCUCAGGUGAUUGGUCUGAAACUUUAGCUCCUGAUAGAAGCACGGAUGGAUCAACAAACAGCUCAGGCGAGUCUGGGUUAACAGAAAGACUGCAAUGUUCAGAUGAGACUCUUGAGAAACUAAAAAACGAAGUUGUCAUUUUAAUGAGGAAGGUGGAGGUAUCAGAACUGGAGUUGCAGACUUUGCGAAAGCAAAUCACCAAGGAAAAUAAGCGAGGACAAGAUCUUUUAAAGGAAAUAAGCAGCCUGAAGGAGGAAAGAAGUGCUUUACGAAGAGAAUGUGAAGAACUUAAGCUUUCACAAAAGAGAACAGAUUUUGAUGAAACACUUUCAACUGAAUCACAGCUUGUUAGAGAAGAUCCUUUGUCCAAGCUAGAAGAAAUCAAACAAGAGUUAUACCAUGAGAAAAAUCUGAAUUCAAGUCUUCGCUUGCAGUUACAAAAAACACAGGAAGCUAACUCUGAACUGUUACUUGCCGUCAGAGAUCUUGAUGACCUGUUGGAGCAGAAAAACAGGGAGACACUCUGCCAUAAAUGCAGAAAAAAUGAUGUCGAAGCAGAAAAUGAUGAGGAUAUUCAAGGUUCAAAAUUUAGAAAUCAACUCCCACAAUUGCAUCAAUCUGAAUGUAAACAAGUGUUGCUGGAAACAACUUCAGAAAAUGAUAAGGAGCAACAUGCAUUGUUAGUCAAUGGGCAUAAUAACAUGAGGACUGAAUAUUCACUGGAGGAGAAGAUCGCUGACCUUAACAGUGAAAUAGAAUUGUACAACAAGGACCGUGAAGAACUUGAAAUGCAAAUGGAACAGCUUGCUUUGGACUAUGAAAUUCUGAAGCAAGAAAACCAUGAUGUCUCUCAUAAGCUGGAGCAAACGCAACUGCGAGAGCAACUCAGGAUGCAGUACGAGUGUUCAGCACAUUUAUCGGUUAUCAGUGACCUUGAAACCCAUGUUCAAUGCUUAGAGAAAGAACUUCAAACUCAGGUUGAAUCAUUUGAAUCAGAUGCAGACACACUAAUGCAAGCUAAAGUUGAACAAGAGAAAAAGGCCAUACAAGCAGAGCAAGCACUGAGGAAAACACAGUGGAACAAUGCUAACACUGCUGAACGACUUCAUGAGGAACUUAAUAAGCUUUCUUCACAAGUUUCAUCUGUAUUUUAUGACAACGAGAAAAUAGUGAAGCAAGCUUUAAAAGAAGCUAGUGAAUUGCGUUCACAAAGAAGCCAUCUGGAGAAAAUGUUGGAGGAAACCAAGGAAAACCUAGUAUCACUGCGAGGGCAAUACCGUAUGAAUCUUCAACAGCUAUUAAACCUUGUAAAUUUUAAAUCUAAAGAAGCAGAUAGGCUGCACUUGGAACUCAAAAACAAGAAAGAGGAGCUUGAAGAUUAUAAGAAGUCUGGGGAAGCAAGGCUCAAAGAAUCCUGGGAGAAAAUGCAAUUACUGAAAAAUGAGAUUGAAAAUCUCAAAAUGGAGAAUUAUCUCAUCUCAGGACAGAAAGAGAAAUUGGCAGCAGAGAUGGAAAAUUUGGAGUCAACAAAUACAGGAAAUCAGUUAACGCUACAAGUUAAAAACUCAGAAAAUGAAAUUCUCAAGAACGAGAUAGCACUAUUGAAGCAGAAAGUAGAAAAUACAUUGGAGGAAUUAAGCGACCUGAGGAACAUGAAAGAUGAAAAAGAGACCAUGAUCACAAUGCUAAACUCCAAGGUAGAAACCCUUGGAGUGCAGUACAAUGACCUGAAGCAAUCACUGUCUGAAGGUGAAUUAGAAAAAGAGAAACUGAGGAGACUGGUUUCCAACUUGACGGGUGGUCUCUUAAAGGAGGAGGAUAUGAUAAUCAGUUCAGAGGAAGAACUUGGGAACAGCUACACCAAUGAAGGCAAACCUUGCCAAAAAAGCAACAAGUUUGCUGGCACAAAUGAAUUCGAAGGUGAUGUUGCUUGUCUACAACAGCAAAGGGUGGGAAACAAAGCACAAAAAAAUGAUAUAAACAACAAAGAUCAAGAAUUAGCCACAAGGCACUCUGGAACUAACUCAGAAGAAAAUCAACACAUUGUUUCCUAUAUAUGUGAUCAGUAUACAUUUGCUAAAAUGUUGAGUGAGAUGGCUCUUCUGAAAAGACAGAAUGAAUCAAUGGAAGCUGAGCUGAAAGAAAUGCAAGAAAGAUAUUCUGAGAUAAGCCUGAAAUUUGCAGAAGUAGAAGGUGAAAGACAGCAACUUGUGAUGACAAUCCGGACUCUUAAAAAUGCUUUGAAGAAUUAGUGUUUCUUUAAUGUUAAACAAAAAAGAGUCGUCUGUCUAGGCAAGCAACUGGAUGCACCAGAGAUCCAGGGCUUGCAAGCCCCGAAGCGAUGCCAGAUGUCAAAUAGUGUGUACAUUGAUAAGAUAUUCUUUUCCGGUGAGUGCAACUUAUUUCCUUCCUCGAAAAAAAUUUCCA